CAGUCACAGAGUCACAGAACAUUGCAGCGCAGCAGGGAGAGUUCCAGGGAGCUGCUCUAACUGCUCAUCUCAGCCCACCUCCAGCUGCACAACUCCCGGCACUUUGAUCCUUGAAGGAUCCCUAACUGGCAUUCCCGAUCGAUUCCCGCUCCCGUUUGUGUGUGUGUGUGUGUGUGUGUGCUCUCGAGUGUCCUUUCCGUGUUCUAGCUACUGGAUUCGAUCAUGCAUCGAUCGUGGUGCUUCACUUCUGUGGUGAUGGUCGUGGUGUUACUCCUGCUGACGCUGAUGGUUGAUCCGCUUCCAGCGGCACCGGCGGCACGCAAUGGCACGGCGGCCGAUUCCUGUGACUGUGUUUGUGGUGUUGGUGGGCGCACCAACCGAAUCGUUGGUGGCUCUGAGACGGAAGCCCAUCAGUUCCCCUGGCUCGCUGGUCUGUUCCGGCAGGGCAAGCUGUACUGUGGUGCAUCCGUCGUGUCUCGCAACUUCCUCGUCACCGCCGCCCAUUGCGUCAACUCGUUCGAGGCGAGCGAAAUCAGGGUCUACCUCGGUGGUCACAAUAUCGCCAAGGACUACACGGAGCUGCGGCGCGUGAAGCGCAUCAUCGAUCACGAGCAGUUCGACAUCUUCACGUUCAACAAUGACAUCGCGCUGCUAGAGCUGGACAAACCAUUGCGCUAUGGGCCCACCAUUCAGCCGGCCUGUCUCCCGGAUGGCAGUGUAAUGGAUUUCACCGGUACGCUCGGUGUGGUAGCUGGUUGGGGCCGGGUGGAGGAGAAGCGACCACCCUCGAAGACUCUUCGAUCCGUCGAGGUACCGAUCUGGUCGCAGCAGCAAUGCCUAGAGGCCGGCUACGGUAGCAAGAAGAUCUCGUCCUCCAUGUUUUGUGCUGGUUACCAUGAUGGGCAAAAGGAUGCCUGCCAGGGAGAUAGCGGAGGGCCGAUGCACAAGAUGGGUCAGUUCGGUAGCAUGGAGGUGAUUGGCGUGGUUUCGUGGGGACGGGGCUGCGCUCGACCCAAUCUGCCCGGUAUCUACACCCGCGUCGUCAACUAUCUACCGUGGUUACACGAGAAGCUGGCCAACGAGUGUCUCUGCCCACCGAAGGACGUUGCACGCCGGAUCUGACGGUACCCCGUGGACCAUUCCAAGCCCCGUUCGAGCUGUUGUUAAUUUAUUUUCGUUUUCUAGUCACAAGAAACCAUAGGCUUAGCUGCAUCCGUACCGUACGGAUGUGGGAAUUAUGAACUAGUACCAAAAAGUAAACGAAGAAGCAUUUUGUUUUUCAAUAAAGAUCUUUAAACGCGUGUUCGUGGGGUAAAACCCGUGCAACACAACGA